CUUGUCUGCUCGCUGGCGGGAGGCACGGAGAGGGCAGAAAUGUGGGUUGCCGCGCUGGCGUGAGCGAUGCGCUGGCUGCUGCCGCUGUUUCGCACUGUGACACUGGCCGUAGUGCGCGUCAGGCGAGGUGUUUGCGGGCUCGGCAUGUUCUAUGCGGUGAGGAGAGGCCGCAGGACCGGGGUCUUCCUGAGUUGGAGUGAGUGCAAAGCACAGGUGGACCGGUUCCCUGCUGCCAGGUUUAAGAAAUUUGCCACAGAAGAUGAGGCCUGGGCCUUUGUCAGGAGCUCUUCCAGUCCGGACGGUUCAAAAGGGCAGGAGAGUGCGCAUGUGCAAAAGUUACAGGUGAAGACCAGCAAGCGGCCUCGGGAGCCUCUGGGUGAAGAGGAGGAACCUCCAGAGCCAGGGGCAAAGCACACAAGACAGGACACGGAGCCAGCUGCUCUAGUGAGCAAGGAUGCAUUUUCUUAUAUGGGAGAGUCAGUCGUUGUCUACACGGAUGGCUGUUGCUCCAGUAAUGGGCGGAAGCGGGCACGAGCAGGAAUCGGCGUUUACUGGGGGCCAGGCCACCCCUUAAAUGUAGGCAUAAGGCUUCCUGGGCGACAGACAAACCAGAGGGCUGAGAUCCAUGCAGCCUGUAAAGCCAUCACGCAAGCCAAGGCUCAGAACAUCAGCAAGCUGGUCCUGUACACAGACAGCAUGUUCACCAUCAACGGGAUAACUAACUGGGUUCAGGGCUGGAAGAAGAAUGGCUGGAGAACGAGUACAGGGAAAGACGUGAUCAACAAGGAGGACUUCAUGGAGCUGGAUGAGCUCACCCAGGGCAUGGACAUCCAGUGGAUGCACAUUCCUGGCCACUCAGGAUUUGUGGGCAACGAAGAAGCUGACAGACUGGCAAGGGAAGGAGCGAAGCAAUCUGAGGGCUGAGCACAGGAGCUGCUGUACACUCAGAGGACACAGUGUGACCUGUCACACAGCUUGCUGAGAAGUGCUAAAAUAAUGGAAAGAAGUGUUGAUUGAGUCCCGCCUCCGUGAGAUUUCAGAUUAGUGUCUUUCGGGUCUGUCCUAAAAUGCUACAGCGUUUUAGUAGGAGUCAGUGAGACACAGGUCAGUGCAUGUGGCCUAAAAGUUCCAGGUUUUUUUCCUUCCAGUUUACACAAGUGGACCUGAGGCUGCCCUGGGCAGGCAGAGCUUGCACUCAGGCAACCUUGACUCCUGGAUCAUCUUAAAGGAACAGCUGAGACCUUCAAAAUCCAAGAUGCAUAAAUAUAUUGCUAAUAGAUUUUUUUUUGCCUAUUUUUCUUAAAAAUACUGUACAAAUUUAAAACAUGUUUGAAAUUAUCCUUAUUUUUUAUAAUAAAAAUAUACAGAAAUGACAAAAAAAAAAA